ACUCGAGAUUAGGGACUGAUCGCGAAAACUCAAAGGAAGUCUAAUUUUGUUUCAUUUGAGUCUACCCCAAAGUCCUCGAAUUCAAUUUGUAACAGAGGGAGGGAGGGUACUUCAUAGUUCUGUUAAAGGAAAAGUGUGCGAAAAAGGGACAAGGAUGGGGGAGCUGCUGGUGGAAAAGCAUGCUAAGUACAUUAUAACAGUUGAGAAGAGAAAAGAUGAUUUUGAAUCCGUGGUGAUGGAGCAUUUGAGAUUAAAUGGGGCAUACUGGGGAUUGACAACUCUGGAUAUCAUGGGCAAGCUUCCUGCUGUGGAGCAAGAUGAAGUUAUUUCAUGGGUCUUGCAGUGCCAACACGAAUCUGGUGGAUUUGGAGGUAAUAUUGGACAUGAUCCGCAUGUGCUAUAUACACUUAGUGCUAUUCAAGUCUUGGCGAUAUUUGAUAAAUUACAUGUCCUUGACAUUGAGAAGGUGUCAAAUUAUAUUGCAGGCCUUCAAAAUGAAGAUGGAUCAUUUUCUGGUGACGUAUGGGGUGAAGUUGAUACACGGUUCUCAUACAUUGCGAUCCUUUCACUUGCAUUGUUGCAUCAGUUAGAUAAGGUUGAUGUUGGAAAAGCAGUGAAAUAUAUUUUAAGUUGCAAGAAUGUGGAUGGUGGAUUUGGUUGCACGCCGGGAGCAGAAUCUCAUGCUGGGCAAAUUUUCUGUUGCGUGGCAGCUCUCGCAAUUACAGGGUCUCUACAUCAUGUUGAUAAGGACCUUCUUGGUUGGUGGUUAUGUGAAAGACAAGUCAAAUCUGGGGGUCUGAAUGGGCGCCCGGAGAAGCUUCCUGAUGUCUGCUACUCUUGGUGGGUUCUUUCCAGCUUAAUUAUGAUCGACAGGGUUCAUUGGAUUGACAAGGGGAAGCUUGUAAAAUUUAUUUUGGACUGUCAGGAUAAGGAGAAGGGUGGAAUUUCAGAUAGGCCAGAUGAUGCAGUUGAUGUCUUCCAUACCUACUUUGGAGUCGCUGGGCUUUCGCUUCUUGAAUAUCCAGGAAUAAAGCCGAUAGAUCCUGCUUAUGCCUUGCCUGUUGAUGUUGUAAACCGAGUUAUGCUUGGCAGAUAAUCUCUGGGUUUUGCUCCAUUCUUGCUCAUAACAGUGUUAUCUUGAUAUGAGAUUACCAGAAACAAUUUCACAUGAAAAGCGGUUUGCCUUACUAAUGCCGCAACAUUUUCAUCACAAUGACUCUUUUAGGAAGAAGCAAACCAGAGGCGAAUCCAAGAUUUAAACUUGAUGGGUUCAACUUUUGUAGUUUUUAGCACUCAACUCAUUAUAAAUUUAAAGUUACGGGUUCAAAUUUGA